GAUUCUCUCUCUGCACAUAUGGAAACAGCACCAAAUUACAGUCAAAAACGUAUUAUCUCUUUCCUUUUAGAUAGAGAAUGUGCACUCAUAAGUGGAGAGGGAGGAAGACCUGGAAUUGAGAAUGAUGGAUAGAGGAAUCAUUUUGGGUUGAGCUUUGUAACAUCUACUGGUAUAUGUGAUGUCUCCCUCCACUGCAAUGGGAGAAGAACUGCAGUUUCAGCAGCGAUGGGAGUUUAGGAGGGCUGACAAUGACUUUGAUUCUUCAAGCAAUGAAUCGAAGCCAAGUAGUGAGCCAGUUCUCAAGAAGCAUAAGCUGGUAUCAAGCUUGUUUCCUUUGGAUUAUGAAGAAACCAGUGAAACUAGUAGACUUCAGCAGCAGGACAAUGAAAAUCCUGGAAUGGGAGUUGAAAUCAAAUCUGUGAAACCUAAGAAAAGGCAAACCAGGAAAAGAAGCGGUAAUUUAAGGGCCAGUGGAAUGAAGAGUGAUUCUCGUGAAGAAGUUGAUAGAACAAAGCCUGGAAAAAGUGCUUAUGAUUUUACUGCAUUGGAAGAUGUUAAGAGCUUCAUGGGAUCAUUAAUAGAGGAUCUCAAAGUUGCCAGAGAAAAUUUAUCCAAAUGGAUGAGGGAAGAAAUGCAGAAAUUGGCUGAAGAUGAUGAUGCUGCUCCACAGCCAAAAAGGAGAAGGUACAAUUGUAAAGGGGAGAAAGUGCAGUUACAGAAAAGGAAGAGAUCUGAAAGGAACACUAAAGGGCAAAGCCAAAAAACUAAAAAGGGCAUGCAAUUGCAGAAUCAAAACAACUUUGAGGAGGGUAUCCUAUCGCAGCCCCAGGAAAACUUUGAGGAGCCUCUCUAUGUGCCAAAAGAGAACAACUUUCAGAAUGACAUCCCACUACUGCCCCAGAAGGAUGAAAAGGUUAGCAUCCAGCCUCAAACUUGCAACGGUAGAUCUUUAGAGAGGUUUACCAAAAUCAGUAAUGCCACUGAUUCCAUUAAUUUCUAUAGAGCACUAGAAGAUCGGGGGCCAUUUGAGCCAAUUGCAUCACUAGAGAAGGACAAAGGAAAAAAGUUGUUAUCAUCUGUGAAGUCAAAUCUUCUCACAGGCUCUACUAAUCAGAAUGUCCAAGUGCAGAGUCAGAACAGUAUAGUAUUGGCCAUAGAAGCUCAGAAUAGCAAUGGUGGAUCACGUGAGAGGAAAGGAAAGAAGACGGUUAAUUGCAGCAAUCACUAUCAAGGACCUGAGAAUCGAGUUGGUCAUGGCCAAGCCACUAGAGCUGCCACAUCAGGUGAAAAGACUAGCAGAGAAAAGUUGGGGUCAUCUGUGGAGCCAAACUUCCUGUCAUUUGGCCAGGUGCCUUCUUCAAUGUAUUUACAAUUGCCUAAUGUCUUUACUGAAUCCUGCCUUGCAAACUACAGACUUGAUGCUUCAUCUUGCAACUAUAACCUACCAAGAGUUGCUGAGAAGAAAACAAGUGCAAAUUUAGAAAAACUGAAUCAAUUGCUUGAUCCGAGUGGUAGUUCUGGAUACUUUCCAGGCAAACAGCCACAAGAAAGGAUUCAAAGCUUUGCUCAAAUGGGAUCUGGAAAUAUUGGUUGUUUUAAUCCGAACACCAUGCCAACUUCCAGCAUUGGAGCAGGAUUCCCAGUUCCACUUCAUCAGGGUCUCGAUAUUGGUUUUAGCAUUCCAAACCAAGUGAAUAUGGAACUUCUUUCACGAGAGAAUAUCAACACACUGGGUCUGAGGACGAAUGGAGGAGCUCUUAGGUUCUCCGGAGGAAGCUACAACACUCCACCAGAACCUUACAUUGCCAACAACCAGCAUAAUUAUUCAAGUCUGAAGACUGAUGGUAGACUUCUAUCUUACCAAAUCUCCAACAUUAGUGAUGCUCGUUUUUCCCAAAACUGUUUCAAUACCAAGUAUUAAAUCUCUUUUUCAAAACUAUAGUUUGCCAAAGCUUCUCAUGAUUUGUUUGUCUAGUCAUCAUCAUCAAUAUUUUUCUUUUACUACAGAAACUUGGAUUGAGCUUUACAUUUCUUUUAUUGUUUCCAUCUGUAUGUCGUUAUUUUAGUACUUACUUUCACAAUGCCAAUGCUUCUUUGUUUAAUCCAAGAAUGUGAGUGGCUUACCUGUUGCUGUAUCUAAUAAUCAAGUUGAAGCAUC